UCCAGCGCUCGAGGUAAUCUCCCCACUGCAUGCAUUCAGGGGCCUUAGAGAGUCCUGACUUAGCAGCAAUUGGGUUUUCUCAAGCCAGGUGGAAACUAAACCCCAAGGAGCUGAAAAAAGAGGACGCUCGCUAUGGCUCCAGCCCCCUGGCUAUGCUAACAGCCACCUGCAAUAAAUUUGGAGGCUCCAGUCCAAUCAGGGAUUCGGCCACGCCGGGGAAAGCGGGGAACCUUUUAGGGAAGAAACUGUACCAGCUGGGAGCCGAGCAGUCCAGCCCCAAGCUCCGCAGCUCCGAGGCCAUGGGAGAUUCCUACACGGCCGCCUUCCCCAGUGGCAACGGGCUGAUGUCCUCCUCGGCCAGCCCGCAAGCCUCCACCACCUAUGGCAAUGACUACAGCCCCUUCUCCCACUCCUUUCCAGCUUCGUCCGGCUCUCAGGACCCCUCAUCCCUCCUGGUGUCCAAGGGCCACCCCUCGGCCGAGUGCCUUCCCAGCGUCUACACCUCCUUGGAUAUGGCGCACCCUUACGGCUCCUGGUACAAAGCUGGGAUCCAUCCUGGGAUCUCCAGCAGCUCCAGCAAUGCCACAGCCUCCUGGUGGGACGUGCACUCCAAUACCAACUGGCUGAGUGCCCAGCCCCAGUCGGACGGCCUCCAGGGCUCCCUUCAGCCUGUGCCGGCCCAGACAUCCCUGAGCCCCCAGCUGCCAAGCUACAGCUCCGACUUCACCACCUUGAACCCUGCCCCGUACCCGGCCGUGGGCAUCACCUCCUCCUCUCACCUCCUCCCUUCCAGCCAACACAUGCUGUCCCAGGAGAUGUACAAGCCCAAGCCUGUGGCCAACAACUCCCUGAUGGAAGGCGGGAUCGGACUGAAGGCCCCGCGUGGCGGCACCUUCAGCAGCAGCACCGGCCGCUCGACGUGCGACUGCCCCAAUUGCCAGGAGCUGGAGCGGCUCGGGGCUUCAGCCGCCAGCCUGCGGAAGAAGCCCAUCCACAGCUGCCACAUCCCGGGCUGCGGGAAGGUCUACGGCAAGGCCUCCCACCUCAAGGCCCACCUGCGGUGGCACACAGGCGAGCGCCCCUUUGUCUGCAACUGGCUCUUCUGUGGCAAGCGCUUCACCCGCUCAGAUGAGCUGGAACGUCAUGUCCGCACCCACACCCGGGAGAAGAAGUUCACCUGCCUGCUCUGCAACAAGAGGUUCACCCGCAGCGACCACCUCAGCAAGCACCAGAAGACCCACACCGAGAUGGGGGCAGCCAAGCCUGCCGAGGGCGAAGCCGAAAGGGAGGAGACAGCCACCGGCGGUGGCUCUCCAGGCGCAGCCUUGCAGGAUGGGUUGGCCAACGACGACAAAGACACCACCAGCCCUGAGCAAAGCAGCUUGCUGGAGAUCUAACCUAGGGGUGGAGCUUCUCCUCCAGCCUCCUCUUCUUCCUCCUCCUGUUUAGUUCCCCCUCUCACUGAGAUAAUUUAUUUCCUGGGGGAAGUGGCGGCUCAGAUGCAGACACCUAUUGGGUUCUUGGACAGGAUCCUCUUGGAACCCUUGCUUUCUGCUCCACGCAG